AUGAGGCGUGGCAUCGACGGCGAGACUUCUGUUCGCAUACGAUAUGGCAGUCCACCUCCGCGGAGUGACGAGGACGCUACAGUAUUCUUGACCGAGAGAAGAAAAAUCGGCCCCUACCGGCCUCGCCACACGCCUCCGGAUGCUUGUGCUGCUCAGGAUGUCGCACUUGACAAGGCUGAAAUCCUCGCUGCGGCUGUUGAGGCUGCAAAGGUGCCCCGACUGGCGCGACGAGAUAGCGGCAUGAAUGACGACGACAAGAAAGAUGAAGAUGCUGAGGUGAGAACUCACGUCUCUGGUUCUGUGGAUGGUCGCCUUGAGCCAGACCUCGAGCCGCAACUACUGUAAGUGCCCUUCUCAACUUCCCUUGCGAGAUUUCACCGUCGCAUGUUGUCAAGAACUGACGGUAAAAAGAUCACCGAAGCUCCCUUUCAGAGCACCGCCUCCCAAGGCAAAUGGUAAGCGCGCAUCAGCCCAGGCAGCACAUUCCCCAUCAAACCCAACACCUGGUUACAAAGUCACGCCAACGCCAUCUCUGGCCGUCAAAUCACCCACGCCAGAUGCCCAAAGCUCGUUCUCUUCGAAUUCGUCACCUUUCACCGAGACGAGAGCUUCUCGGCGGCGGACUAGGACUUCCAUUAGAGAUGACCUUAACAUCGAUGGGACGUCUAGGCUCGAUCCCACGCGGCCGGAGACCGGCUUUGAGGAGGUGAGGCUCUUCAAGGCCAACUCUAGGGCCGGCAUCAGGUGGUUCGAGUGGACGGGCGAGGGACGACCGGAGUGGGCGCUCGAUGAGAAGAUCGAGCGGAGACCGAUCGCGAGUAGCAAGCGGCGGAAAAGCAGCUGGCUCCAGAAUAGGACUGAUUGA